GGGGCAACGUCACGCGCUAGCCGGUGUGGGGUGGAGCCUCCGGGCCCCGGCAGGGAUGAGGGCAAAGGAAAAGACUACCCCAACCACCCCAGGCUCCGCCCUGCCCGCCCUCCGCCCGGAAGUGAGGCCCGACCCCACGGCGUCCACCGGCCUCUCUCCCCUCAUUCCCCGACCUUACCCUCCCAGUUGUACUUCCACGGGGCUCGAGGGGCCGGGGAGCGCGUGCCGCUCCCGCCCCCGUCUACCCCCCCGCCACCUCCCUUUCCGCUUCCGCUCCCUUUUCCCCAGUCGGAGUCGCUUUCCUCCCUCCCCGAGGUGGUGGGGGAGGGGGUCGCCGUGGUGUCUGUGGGUCCUUAAGCGCGUUCCCGUCACACGCCACCAAGCCUUCGCCCGCGUGUUUGUCGCCCGCAGCCGCGCAGGCGCGGUCCCAUCUCCACUUCCGCCUCCUGUCGCUUCCGGCCUCUACGGGGGCCGCCAGAGGAGGGUAUGCUACACACCUCAAGAUGUGGGUCUCUGGCCUUUGGCCAGGAAUAAGCCCCCAAGCUUCCCUGUUUUUAGAAGCUACUGUCUGAAGCCAGAUCCCUCCUGGUCACUCUUCUCUCCAACCCUUCUUGACAAUGUCUACCCUGAUUCUCAACUUGGACUUUGGGGACUGUCCUCCCCAAAAGAAGGCAACUGAGGGGAACCACAAGCACCAGCGUUUCAUCCAACGACAACGGCGGAUACAGAGGAACCUUAAGCAGAAACAGAUGCAGGUCCCUGCCAGGCCUUCGGGAUCAGGGCAUUCUAAACUCCAAAAUAAAGGGGGGGCGCUUAGCACAAAUAGUAAACAGAAACUCCAUCCCCAGGGCCCUGAACCUAUAGGGGAGACACCCAGUCAGAAAAAUGGAAUUGAAAAGCCCUUGAGUAGGAAAGUAUCAACAGUGUCUUGGUUGACACCUGCUCCUUCAAGGAAGACCAGUUCAGUAUCGGUGGCAUCUAAGGUAGAUCUCCUGUCAGAGUUCCAGAGUGGCCUCCGCCCCCUCCCACCUGCCCGAACCCUCCCGCCUGCCCCAGAGAAGGGCUACAACAAGAAGAUGGUGGCUCUUGAUUGUGAGAUGGUGGGCACAGGGCCUAAAGGCCAUACCAGCUCUUUGGCCCGAUGUAGCAUUGUAAGUUACAGUGGUGACGUGCUAUAUGACGAAUACAUUCGUCCUCCCUGCAAAAUUGUGGACUACCGGACCAAGUGGAGCGGUAUCAAGAAGGAGCAUAUGGUUAAUGCCACCCCUUUCAAGGCGGCCCGGAAAGAGAUCUUGAAGAUACUCCUUGGCAAGAUUGUAGUGGGUCACGCCAUCCACAAUGACUUCAAAGCCCUCCAUUACUUUCACCCCAAGAACCUUACCCGAGACACUUCCAGAAUCCCUAUCCUUAAUUCCCGGGCUGGCUUCCCUGAGAAUGAGUCAAUCUCUUUGAAGCGUUUGACCAAGCAGCUGCUCCACCAGGACAUUCAGGUAGGGAAGAGCGGGCAUUCCUCAGUUGAAGAUGCCAAGGCAACCAUGGACCUCUACAAGUUGGUGGAAGUUGAGUGGGAGCAACAGCUGGCCCGGUCUCCUCCCUCUCAGGAAUAGGGGAGGUGGGAUUGUGGGACUGGUAGUCAUUGCAGAGAGAAGGCAUCAGACUGAGGGUAAACAGCUACCCAAGGGGGAACAGACUAUCCAACCAGCCCAAGACUUAGGCUGGAGCUGUUGGGAAGUGAGUCUGUCCCAGACCCAAUCUCUCCGACCAUAGACCAUUGAAAUUUUUACCACAGGUGUUGUGUCCUACUUGUCUAGAGUGUUUCCCCUCCCAGUCCCAUUGAAGGGGUGGGGUGAGGGGAAGCUCCCUACGUUGAAAGCCAGCCUUGCUGCCCACCCCUUAAUAUUGGUGUUUCAGGCUGGUUAGAAUUCCCAGUAUGCCUUGCUUCAGCCAGGCAGCUUGGCUAACAGGACAGUGCUGGGAUGUGUAGUUUCCCCAGAUCUCCCUUAAGUCAUUAUGGCUGUGAUUAAGUACUUUUGUCCCUAAGUACCAUCGGCCAAUACCACUUUUAGUCCAGGACCCUCAUCUCCCCAUUCCUCAUAUCUGGAGGAGCCACCUCUGAUUAUCAGUUGAUUCUCUGUUUUUUCACUGGGUAGUGGAAAGCAAAAAAAUCAACUUUUUCAUGGUUACAUUUUUUAAAAAUACCCCUUUCCUAAGGGGAAGAGGUAUUUAUUUGAGUCCCAGGUGCCUGCUGAGAAAGCAUUUAUGUUUUCAAUGCUCCCUCCUUCAUGUUAAGUGAAGCCUCUAAAUGCCCAAGUUACUGCCUUGUAAACUCACAAAGGAAUUUUUAUAAAGGAAGAAGUAUUGUUUUUUGCUACUUAUUAAACAGAUUCAGGACAGUGUAUUUUGUAAAAGAAUGCAUAAUAUGGGCUAGCUACAAGUAAUUCAGUAAAGGAGUUUCCUGGUUUGUGAGUUUGAAAAGCCCUGAACAGCAGCCAGCAUGUGGAUAAGACCAAUCUCAACCUCACAAACAUUUACUAAGGAUCUUCAGGUGGCCAUUGUGUGCCCUUUUGUUCACAGCUGUGCUCCAGAUCCCCACUCAUAAAUCAGAUGUAUUGUGGAUAAUAAUGCAGUGAGAUACACAGAAUGGCUGGAAGUGUGGCAUCUCAAAGCUAGUACAAGUAUAAGUUUAGAUGGUAUGUAUCUUGACAAAGAGUAUGUCUGAAUACCCUGCCAUGGUCCUAUCAAGUCUGUAAUUUUGUGUUCAAUUUUGAACACAUCCCGUUUUUAGGAGGAAUGUUGAUAAGCUUGGAGCUGGUACUGGGGGGACUUAAAACCAUGUCAUUAGAGGCAUGGUUGGUGGAAACUGAUGUAGUUAAGACUGGAGGAGGAGACUUACACGUGUCUUCAGAUAUUUGAAGGUUUUUCACGUGGAAAAAGGAUGAAGUCUUUUUCUGCCUCACUCCAUUGGUUAGAGCUAAGAAGUUACCCAGGAACAGAUUUCAUCUUACUAUGAGGAGGAAUUUGACCUGGAAGGGACCUUAGAGAUCAUUCCCUUGUUUCUAAGAUGAGGACAGAGUUAAUUGACCUGCCCAGGGUAAUAUAAGAAGUAAGCUGCAGAGCUGAUGUUUGAUUUCAGGUCUCUUUUUCCAAACUGGACGUCUUCCCCAGUCUGUGUGUGUGAGCAGAGGCUGAAUGACUGCCUUUGGACACAUGGGUGAGAUACAUGUUUCAGGGAGGGUUGGACUAGAUGACCUCUGAAAUCCUUUGCAGUUCUGAGGUUAAAUAAUUCUAUAAAAUGGAUCAUUUGGUGCAAGAAAAGGGGAUAAAUGGGUGAAGAAGGAUAUUCUGAAGCAACUGCAGGCUAGUUUUUCAACAUGGAAGCCCAAGGGGUUUUCUUUCUGCCCUUUCAAUCUGGGUUUGCAGUUUGUACUCACUUUGGGUAGUGCAGGCAUUUUAUCCGCACAAAAGACCCGGGACCAUGGUUCUAUAAUCACUGCCUUGCCUCUGGUGACCAGAGCUACCUCGUUGGCUGCCAUUGGAAAAGAAAAGCUUCGCCACAGUAACGUCUCUUCCUUCAGCCCAGCCAGGCCCCAAGUAUUAGCUCAUUGACUCCUUCAUAACAUGAUCUACCUGCACAGACAGCCAGCAAGACCUGAGCAAGUUGGUUCCUGUUGAGCCUAGCAGGCAUUAAUGUCCAUGUUGGCAUAGAAGGAGUGACACUGUGCCUGGUCCAUUAUCACAGAGAACCAGGAAGUCUAUGGAGUCUGCAUAGCCUGAACAAGGGUAACCUAUGUUGGCCACAUUAAGAAUCAGAAUUGGAGGUGAAAACAGAAUUAAGUUACCAAUAUCCAUCACGGUCAGUGAAGAAAAAAGAUACCAGCAAACUCAUGGAAUCCAGGUCCUGUUCGCCAGGACUGUUGACUAAAAUUCAAAUCUUUUGCCUUUAUGGGAACUAUUUAUGAAAACAAUGACAAGGUCACCAUGGGAAGAAGACCAGACUCCAUCUUAUACAUGUGGAAUUCAGAGUACAAAUAUCUAGCCUCGCUGAAGGCAGUACCUGGAAGUGUCUACUAGAUUAUAAACUCCUCUAAGGCAAGAAACAGUGUAUUUACCAUAUUGGUCCAAUUUGAGUAAAGCCUGAGAGUGUCCAACAAA